AUGGGUGACUCACUAAACUCGAGCUCGUCUGCUCUGUCUCCAGCUUCACCGUGCUCUUAUGGAGGUAAAAGAGAAUCGGGUAUGGACUCGAAGAGGCAGAGGGGUAGUAGUGAUAGCAAACAUCCGGUUUACCGUGGGGUGCGAAUGCGGGCGUGGGGAAAAUGGGUAUCCGAAAUCCGAGAGCCCCGUAAAAAGAACCGGAUCUGGUUAGGUACUUUCUCGACUCCCGAAAUGGCGGCACGCGCCCACGACGUUGCAGCCCUGAGUAUAAAAGGAAACUUUGCGAUUCUCAACUUCCCCGAACUAGCCAAUUCGUUUCCCCGACCAGCUUCUAGCUCGCCGGGAGACGUCCAAGCCGCCGCCGCCAAAGCUGCUUCAAUGGAGUUCUUAAGUAAUAAUACUACCAGUGACAAUAGCAACAGCAAUAUCAACGUCAUUUCAUCUUCAUCUUCAUCGUUAUCGUUAUCGUUACAGGAUUCCACGUCAUCGAAUGAGGACGACGUGUCGGUACCGGAAGAGCUGAGCCAGAUAGUGGAGUUGCCGAGUCUAGGGAAGAGCUAUGAAUCUGCUAAGUCAGCGAACGAGUUCAUGUACGUGGACACAAUCGACGGGUGGUUUCUUAACUACGGUGGAAUGCCUUGGUAUUAUGAAGAAAUUUCAAUCCAAUUGCAGGAAAGCGAGAUUAUAUCUGCUUUCGUCCCUUUACUAUGGGAUCACUAGAAACAAAACAAAAAUAGUGUGCCCUUCCCUUUUUUUCCAAAAAUAUACUCUAUAAUUUGUAUUAUACCAAACUGGUCCUUUUAUAAAAUAAUUUUCCUCUAUGAAAAGGGCAAAAAAUA